GACAGCAGGAGGGGCUGCGGAUGAGCCGGGGCUGCAUUUUGAGUGGGGGCGCCACGCGGAUUGCGGUGUCUGCUAGGGGGAAAGGCUCCUUAGAGAUCAAGACUGAAGUCUGGCUGGUGCGGAUUAAAGUUGUGUAGGAGAAGAGAGGAGUAGGCGAAUUUCUCAGUUCUCCAAGAAAGGUGUGAGCUAUGGCUGGGCAAAAGAUGCUCUAUUCCUGCUGCCUUGUGACUGUGUGCCUCACUUAUAUCUUGGCCAAGCCACCCCCUGACAAGAAGGACCGUGUCCACCAUGGCCAAGACCUCAGUGACCACCUUCAUGACGACAGCCAGGAUUUCCAAUACGAUCAUGAAGCCUUCUUGGGCAAAGAGGAGGCCAAGACAUUUGAUCAGCUGACUCCUGAAGAGAGCAAAGAGCGACUCGGGAAGAUUGUAGAGCGAAUUGACCGGGAUGGGGAUGGCUUUGUGACUCAGCCUGAGUUGAAGGAUUGGAUCAAGCACACGCAGAACCGCUACAUCUAUGAGAACGUGGACAAGAACUGGAAAGAUUAUGACAAGAAUGAUGAUGGACGCAUUGCCUGGGAGGAGUUCAAGAAUACCACUUAUGGUUACUAUGAAGGUGAGGCAUUUGGUGAUGUUGAAAACAAAGAGACAUACCGAAAGAUGCUGGCCCGUGAUGAGAGGCGAUUCAAGGCAGCUGACAAAGACGGGGACAUGAUCGCAACAAGAGAAGAGUUCACAGCCUUCCUUCACCCUGAGGAAUUUGACUACAUGAAAGAUGUGGUAGUGACGGAAACCAUCGAGGACAUAGACAAGAACGGGGAUGGCUUUGUAGGAGUGGAAGAAUAUCUUGGUGACAUGUAUUCUCCUGAAUCAGGGGAGCCAGAGCCUGACUGGGUGAAGACGGAGCGUCAACAGUUCUUGGAUUUCCGGGACCUGAACAAAGAUGGGAAAAUGGAUCGGGAGGAAAUAGGGCACUGGAUCCUGCCACCAGACUACGACCAUGCUGAGGUGGAGUCAAAGCACCUCCUCUUUGAGUCAGACAAGGAUAAGGAUGACAAAAUAACCAAGCAGGAGAUUUUGGACAAUUGGAACAUGUUUGUGGGCAGCCAGGCCACCAAUUAUGGCGAAGAUUUGACAAAGGAACAUGACGAGUUGUGAUCUGAGAUGGCAAGGUAUCGCAGGAGGAAUUCAUAGAGACUUACCAGAGUUUCCUUGACAGUGCCAAAAAUUAUGACGAAAUAA